AUGAGAAGCAUCGCGAGACCAUUGAGGCAGCUCCGGCCCCAGAGGACAAUACUCCGCGCCCAUGCUCUUCGUCUUGAUCGUUUCUUUUCGUCACGCCACAGCCACGGCCACAGCCAAGCGGAUGGCGGAUCCUCGCCGUACCUGUCGCGCGUCGACGACCACGAGAUUGUGCAACUGGCCAAGAAGACUCAGCACCCCUUGAGCCUCGCUGACUUGGUCAAACAUGGACGUCCUCCUCUGAGCGAAAAGUCUCUCCUGUCCUCGGCCAACUUCACCCUCUCCCUCCUGCCGAUCCGCCUUGCGCACCGCAUCCAGGCCCUUCGAAACCUACCCUACAUCGUAGUCUCCAACCCCAACAUUAGCAGAAUUUACAACAACUACGUCCACUCCCUAUCGACCUUGCUCCCCUGGUGGACCAAAGGCAGCGAGGGCGGCGAGCCCGCAGUCCGCACACUCGACGACGAAAUCCGCUUUACCGAAGUCCUCGCCGAGCUCGUGGCGACACACACCGACACGAUACCUAUCCUCGCCCGCGGCUUCCUCGAGUGUCGCCGCUACAUCAGCCCGGCCGAGGUGACCCGCUUCCUCGACGAGCACCUCCGCGCCCGCAUCGGCACCCGCCUCGUCGCCGAGCAGCACAUCGCCUUGCACUACAGCUCCCAGCCGCACUUCGACCCGGGCGCCAGCCCGACCCCGUGCCCGGAACACCCCAGCUAUAUCGGCGUCAUCGACACCGCCUUGCGUCCUGCCCACAUCAUCGAGUCCUGCGCCGGCUUCGUCGCCGACAUUUGCGAACUGCGCUACGGUGUGCGUCCCCAGCUCGUCAUCGACGGCGAGCCCGACACAACCUUCGCCUUCGUGCCCAUGCACCUGGAGUACAUCGUCACCGAGCUGCUCAAGAACGCCUUCAGGGCGACCGUAGAACACCGCGACAAUAAGGAGCCAAUUGUGGUCACGAUAGCGCCGGAGCCCCCUUCGCGGAAGCCUGUCAAGAUCGAGGUGCCCAAGGAGACGAGAGGCGAAUUCAGGAGCGACGCCAUUCGACCAUUGGAUGACAAUGCCCCUGGCGUGACCAUUCGGAUUAGAGACCGAGGCGGCGGCAUCGCUCCCGAGGUGCUGCCAAACAUCUGGUCGUACUCCUUCACCACCUUCUCCGAAGACGACGAGUUCCCGGGUUCCGACAGCGACGGGUUGAAUGUGAUUUCGAGCGCGAGCGCUGGGGGCAGCUCGAUAGCAGGCCUUGGAUAUGGGCUGCCGCUGAGCCGCGCCUAUGCCGAGUAUUUUGGAGGCGGCAUUGCUGUCCAGAGCUUAUACGGCUGGGGCACUGACGUGUACCUCCGUUUGAACGGGGUGGGCAAGAUCCAGUGA